UCACAUGAUUACAUCAUCCAAGGACCUCGUCGAUCAAAACAGAUACAAACAGGAUCUCGAACUGGUCGAUAGGGGAAUCACUGCUACACUAUUACGAUCCUAUUCAAAGAAUACACCUAAUAUAAAGAUGACGAGAAGUAAAAAGGAACCAGAGUUUUCGAUUGUACACGUUGAGGUCAUAAACCCAAGAAUACACAACUGCAGCAGAGGGAGAUUUGUGGACUACGAGAUUCAAAUCGAUACUAAUAACAUAGCAUUUUCAAGAAAAAACUCCUCUGUUAGAAGAAGAUAUUCAGAUUUCAUUUGGUUGAGGAACAAACUGUGUACUACAGAGAUAAAUGGCUUUGCAAGUGAAUUUGUUGUUCCAAAUUUACCUCCAAAAAGACUGUUUGGUCGAUUUGAACCCAAAUUUGUCCACUCAAGAAUGCAGGGAUUGAAAGAUUUUCUACACAAGGUAUUAAAUAGACGGAAAUAUCUAUCCUUUGUUGGAUUACAUCUAUUUCUUCAAACCGAACUCUCAGUUCAAAAAAUCGAAGAUUACAUCAAUGGGAAUUUUAAAGAGAAUUACACAGUAGAAGAACUUGUUAACUUAUCAGAAUCGUCACAGAUAGAAAAGGCUUUGGAUUCCUGUACGCUAAAGACAUGCUACAAUGUGGUGCUUUCGGACUUUGAUGCAUUUGUUAUGGUUGAUUGCCCUCAAGGAGACAUGGAGGAUGUAAAGUCUUUUCAUAGUGCGAGUAUAGCGUCUGCCGACAGCAAUACAAGUAUUAAUAACUCCCCCACAGAUAAUCAGGAAUGUUCAGCCUGCAUUUAUACAUCAAUCAAAUAGAAAUCAAGCUAUUAGCUUUUUUAAAUUUCUUAAUGUAUUGUACUGAAGAAGGCUACAAUACUCUUAAAGCAACUUUUAAGCGUGUGAAAAAUGCACACUGGAUGCAUUUUAGUCCACAUUAUGAUCCAACCUUGUCAGCAGGUUUUCUCCCUUUGAGAUGGGCUUCCUCUGGGGUGUGGCAGCCAUGUUGACUGAAACAAUAGAUAUUCUCAUGCUUCAUAUUCAAGUGCUUGAGAAUAGAUUUAUGCUGGUUAAAGGCUUGUGUAGGAAUAGAGGCUUUGCAACAUCAAGUGACAGCAGCCAUGUCAGAUGGUAGGAACAAUACAAUCUUUUUUUAAAACAAACACGAUAAAAAAAGUCGUGUUUGUUAUAAAAAUAGUAGGAAGUCUGGUUUUAAACUGACCUUUUGGUAACAAUACAAUCAUUAUACAUUGCAAAUAUUCAAUUCCCAAGAGCAAAGGAAUUUCAUUGUUCUCCCAUCUAACCACAGGAAGUCCAAGCUUUAUUAUGGUUGUUGGCAUGAGAUGGUGCAAAGCCAGGAAUAGAGGUUUUGCACCAUCACGUGAUGGCAGCCAUGUUAGAUAGCAGGAACAAUACAAUUGUUUUACACGAGAAAGAAUUCAAUUCCUGAGAGCAAAGGGAUUUUAUUGUUCUGCCAUCUAACCCUCACAGGCAGCCCAAGCUGUAUUAUGGGUGCUGGCACGUGAUGGUGCAAAGCCUCCAUAAAGAGGGCUGCAGCGUGAGUAAGGGCUAUUGAGGGGGUCUCUAGCCAUAGAAAAAAAGAGACACCUAUGGAAUAUAGAAUAUCCUUCUUACACAAUAUUAUGGUUGGUGGAUACUGUUUGUUUUCCACACUAACUGGGGUGGGGUGGGGAUUUUAGGACAAAUAAUUGAGACUAGCAGGGGAGGGGUGGCUGGUUCUUAAGGUCUAGGAAGUGUGUUUAUCAUGGUUUCCAAAAGAAAACUCAAAAACUAUAUCUAAAUUAAUUUUAUUUUUAUUGAAAUAUUUUACUAAGACUACAUAAUGUUAAAUAAACCACAUCAAGACAAAGGUAUAAAUAAUAUGUAAAGUUGUUAUGACUUUUAAUUUCACAAAAGAAAAAAAGAAAAAUUUAUCAAAAAGAUAAAUAUUAGACAACUUAGGCUGAACAUGAGUUUUAAAGACAAAAUUCUGCCUUUAUUUAGGCUAGAGUACAAACACUAUAAGUGUGUAACAUAAAUACCACUAAAUACUGCUAAAUACUGCUAAUCCUAUUGUUUUCUAUUGUUUAAUUAGCACUAUUUACUACUAAAUAGUGCAAAGUGUUGCACACUUUUAGUGUUURUACUCUAUUAACUUGACUUUUUAAUGCAGGCAGGUAUGGCAAAGCUUGAGUACGAGCAGGAGGGUCUCUAUACCAAUUUCAAAACUACUAGGCUUAAGGGUAAUCAUUAGAGCUCCCCUAAAUUUUUAUUUGAAAUAUUUUAAAUUUAUUUCUACAUGUACAUCAAAGAUUACCCUUGCGGAGAAAGAGAAAGAUAUAUUCAAUGCACACCACAGUGUUUUUGAUGACCAGAUUCAUACUUGCUUAACCUCAAUCAUAUAAGUCAGCUUUUAUAGACAUUUAAAAAGUCCAUGGUAUUUCAACAUUGAUAAUGUUGACUUCUGUAAAGAAUUUGUACUUUACUGCGAUUUUAAAUAUUCUGUGAACUUUGUAGUUACAAGCUGCACACUGUAUCUUUUUUUCUUUUUUUCACUGCUGUCAAUCAAAACUAAUCAGUCAGUACCUUUUAUGUCCUUGACUGGCAGCAGUGAAAAACCAAUUUCACAAAAGUCGUUGAAAUAUCUGAGUUCACAGAAUAUCGAAAACUGCAGUAAGCAGCUUUAUAACUGCACACAGGUGCACACUUUCUACUCUUCUGUUCAUCAAUUGUAGAAGACAACAUUGCUUUCAUUAGAAAAAAACUGUACUGUAUAUUGAAACCUUCCAAAAUAUCACUGUAGUAACAUUAAAUGAUAAAAAUCUACA